GCCUGAGGCAACGACCGCUACAAAAAGAUAAGAGUUAGCGACUGCCAAUAUUCCGACAUCCACAGAAUAUUGGAGCCAUGGCAUCACCUAAAGAUGAUAUCAGUCAGUACCUUCACCAGUCGCACGAGCGCAUCUUCCAGAACAACCGGAGCUGGGUCUCUUCCAAGAAAAAGGAAGAUCCCGCGUUCUUCGAGAAGCUCGCAGCCGGUCAAACCCCCGAAUAUAGAUACGUAGGAUGCAGCGACAGUCGAGUUCCCGCCAACGAGAUCAUGGGUCUCGAAGCAGGCGAGGUCUUUGUCCACCGGAACAUCGCGAACUUGGUCCCCAACACUGACCUCAACGUGAUGUCGGUGAUCAAUUACGCGGUGCGACACCUCGGCGUCAAGCACAUCGUGGUGUGUGGCCACUACAACUGUGGAGGGGUUAAGGCGGCAUUGACCCCAUCUGACUUGGGGUUACUUAAUCCGUGGCUGCGAAAUAUUCGCGACGUCUACCGCCUACACGAAGCUGAACUUGACGGCAUCCAGGAUGAGCAUGCAAGAUACAAUCGCCUCGUUGAGCUCAACGUGAUAGAGUCGUGCAGAAAUAUUGUUAAAACCGCUGCGGUUCAACAGAGCUACCAAGAACACGGGUAUCCUGUGGUUCAUGGAUGGGUGUUUGACAUACGUGAUGGGCUACUUCGAGAUCUUGAUGUUGACUUCAAGAGCAUGCUACAGGGCAUUAAGAAGAUAUAUAGUCUUGGAGGAUCGUCUGAAUAAAUCAGGGCAUUAUCCCAUUACAUGACGCUGGAUGUUGAGAUCCCUGGUCCCUCGGUGUUGAUAUCAUCGCUCAACUGACCUGUUCGCAGAUCCCUUCUCUCUCUCUAUCAGAUGGGAUCACAGGCUGGAAAAUCUAUUAGUUGACACUAUAUCUCCGUCAAACAACAAAUCGUGAUGUUCCACGCUUCUGUCAGGCCGUCAGCUUCAAGAUCACCUCUGUGGCUGAGGAUCUGAUGAUCUAGAAGCCUGUAAAUUAGGUGUUAGCAGAUAGGAACCCCUCUGAGGGAUAAGAAUCAGC